CGGAGGCUGGGUGUCUCCUGACCGGAUGAUGACAGAAGUUUUCGGUGUAAUGUGGCUACUUUUUUAUCAUGCAAUCAUCCAGAUAAUAACACCGCCAGUAUUCUAAACCGCAGUCGGGACUCUUGACUCUAAACUACUUUGUGUUUUAAUGAAAUAAACUCACAGACACUCUGCGGACAGACUGCGGUGCCAUCUGGGAACUUUUGGUUUUUGCUGGAAGAGCGACCCGUUGGUUUCUUAUUUGACCGGGCAGGAGAGCAGGAAAGAGCCCACUGGGCUAACCGAGGUGCCGCGAUGGGAAACCGGGGAAUGGAAGACCUCAUUCCGCUCAUCAACAAGCUCCAGGACGCAUUCAGCUCCAUCGGACAGACCUGCAACUUGGACCUGCCUCAGAUAGCGGUCGUCGGCGGCCAGAGCGCAGGGAAGAGCUCGGUGUUGGAGAAUUUCGUCGGGAGGGACUUUUUGCCCAGAGGAUCUGGCAUCGUCACCCGUCGUCCUCUCAUCCUCCAGCUGGUUAACAAUAAAGCAGAGUAUGCAGAGUUCCUGCACUGUAAGGGACGCAAGUUUGUGGACUUUGAUGAAGUCCGUCUGGAGAUUGAAGCAGAGACUGACCGGCUCACCGGGUCCAACAAGGGAAUCUCCCCCAUCCCCAUCAACCUCCGUGUCUAUUCCCCUCAUGUGCUGAACCUGACCCUGAUCGACCUGCCCGGGAUGACCAAAGUGGCCGUGGGAGACCAGCCCCAUGACAUCGAGCACCAGAUCAGGGACAUGCUGAUGCAGUUCAUCACCAAGGACAGCUGUUUGAUCCUGGCUGUCACUCCAGCCAACACUGACCUGGCCAACUCUGAUGCUCUGAAGAUUGCUAAAGACGUGGACCCUCAGGGGCUGAGAACCAUUGGUGUGAUCACAAAGCUGGACCUGAUGGACGAGGGGACGGAUGCACGAGACAUUCUGGAAAACAAACUACUGCCACUCCGCAGAGGCUACAUCGGGGUGGUGAACCGCAGUCAAAAGGACAUCGAUGGAAAGAAAGACAUCCGUGCUGCUUUGGCUGCUGAGAGGAAGUUCUUCCUGUCUCACCCUGGAUACAGACACAUUGCAGAACGCAUGGGCACACCACAUCUGCAGAAGACGCUCAAUCAGCAACUUACCAACCACAUCCGUGACACGUUGCCAGGGUUACGCAAUAAGCUGCAGAGCCAGCUGUUAUCACUGGAGAAGGAGGUGGAGGAGUACAAAAACUUCCGCCCAGAUGAUCCCACACGCAAGACCAAGGCAUUACUCCAGAUGGUGCAGCAGUUUGGCGUGGACUUUGAGAAGUGCAUCGAAGGGUCUGGAGAUCAGGUGGACACCUCUAAUUUGUCUGGUGGAGCGAAGAUCAACCGAAUCUUUCAUGAGCGUUUUCCAUUCGAGCUGGUGAAGAUGGAGUUUGACGAGAAGGAGCUGAGGAAAGAGAUCAGUUACGCCAUCAAGAACAUCCACGGUGUCAGGACAGGCCUGUUCACCCCAGACAUGGCGUUUGAGGCCAUAGUGAAAAAGCAGAUCAUUAAGCUGAAAGAUCCGUGUCUGAAAUGUGUCGACCUCGUCGUCACCGAGCUUGUCACCCUGAUCAGGAAGUGCACUGAAAAGCUGGGAUCGUACCCUCGACUGAGAGAAGAGACGGAGAGAAUCGUCACCACCUAUGUCAGAGAGAGAGACAGCAAGACCAAAGACCAGGUGCUGCUGUUGAUUGACAUUGAGCUGUCCUAUAUCAACACUAACCAUGAGGACUUCAUUGGAUUUGCAAAUGCCCAGCAAAGGACUGCUGCUAAUGCCACCAAGAAGAGAGUCAUGCCCAAUCAGGUGAUCCGCAGAGGCUGGCUCACUAUCAACAUCAGUAUCAUGAAGGGAGGAUCCAAGGACUACUGGUUUGUCCUGACUGCUGAGUCUCUCUCUUGGUACAAAGAUGAAGAGGAGAAAGAGAAGAAGUACAUGCUGCCUCUGGACAACCUGAAGCUGAGAGAUGUUGAGAAGGGCUUCAUGUCCAGCAAACAUGUCUUUGCCAUCUUUAAUACUGAACAGAGGAAUGUGUAUAAAGAUCUGCGUCAAAUUGAGCUGGCAUGUGACACUCAGGAGGACGUCGACAGCUGGAAGGCUUCAUUCCUCAGAGCUGGUGUUUACCCUGAGAAAGACCAGCCUGAGAGCGAAGAUGCGAUGAAUUCUAGUGACACCGUGUCCAUGGACCCGCAGCUGGAACGGCAGGUGGAGACCAUCCGCAACCUUGUGGACUCAUACAUCGGCAUCGUCAACAAGUCCAUCAGAGACCUCAUGCCCAAGACCAUCAUGCACCUCAUGAUCAACAGUGCGAAGGACUUCAUCCACUCUGAGCUGCUGGCCUACUUAUACUCUGCCGGCGACCAGGGCAGUAUGAUGGAGGAGUCCCCAGAGCAGGCUCAGAGGAGAGACGAGAUGCUGAGGAUGUAUCAUGCUCUGAAAGAGGCCUUGGUCCUCAUAGGAGACAUCAGCACCACCACUAUUUCUACCCCAGUGCCUCCACCAGUAGACGACAACUGGAUUGCCAAGGACCCAAGUCCCCCACCAGCAUCCCGUGCUGCUUCAGCAACAGCGCCUCCUCCUAGCAGACCCCCAGCAGCGAGGGGGCCCACUCCUGGUCCUCCACCCCCUCUCAAUCCUUCACCAGCAUUUGGGGCACCGCCUGUGCCGUCUCGACCCGGCCCCGGCCAAACGGCCUACGCAGGCGAUCCCAAUUCUGUGCCUACUAUCCCCUCCAGGCCGGCCCGUGUGCCUCCUGCGCUCCCACCAGGGAUUCCUAGCAGAAGACCCCCGGCUGCUCCCAACCGACCUACUGUCAUACGUCCUUCAGAGCCCUCCCUGCUUGACUAGAAACACACACACACACACACACACACACACACACACACACACAUAUAUAUGAAAACACCUUUCCGUUUGUUUACACUAUAUUUGUCUUGGGCGGAGAUAGUCAUUCUUCUUUUCUCGUGUAUAUUCCUAUAACUACAAACCUUGGUAAUCUGAUGCUGUUUCAGUCUGUGCAUUUCAGAAGCAUUAUGUAUGUAAUUUUGUCUCUAUGUGUAGGUAGCUUUUUUAACAAAGUAUAUGAUGAAUUAUUCUGCAUUCAGUAUUAUGAAAAGGGAUAAAUUUGAUGAUUUUAUCGACUUAAAGGUUAUGAACCAGCGGGUCUUCUUGAAUUAUGCUUGUUUUAUUUGAAAUGAACUGUCUCUUAAAAACAAUAUGUGAUUCAUAACUUUUAUAUAAUGGUAAGAAGCAGUUUCGUGAGUUGUAUCCUCGCUAACGUUUAGUCAGUAAUCUUACACACUAAGCACCUCAUUAAGUAAGCAGCACUUUUUUGAUAGCCUUCUCUUCAGUGUUGGUAUGUUCACAUCUUCAAAGUCAGCCUUUAAAAGAACUUAUUAAAAUUAGACAGGCCAUGGAAAUUUGUAUGCAUGAAUAUUUUGGCUAUUUUUCAAGUAUAGUGUAGUUGAGGUAAGAAUGACCUCCCUCCACUGCUCAUCUGUGGUUAAAUUUGUGCCUUGAGCAAAAAGUGAUUACUUAUCACCUUAAUAAGCCAUAAUGAAAAACAAUGUCUAUGUAAGAAAAAGGACCUCUCUCUCUCUCUCUCUCUCUCUCUCUCAGAAGGUGUUGGGACUGAAUAAAAGAGUAGAAAAUGAAGGUGUGGUGGCUGCUGCUUGUUCUUGCUGUUCGACAUUCUUUGCUCCAUUUCUUCACUCACAUUCUCAUGCACCACCAAGGCUUUUUUUUUUCUAUCUUUACUUCAUCUCUUGUCACAUCUGUCGUUCCAUCUGCUGUUUCCAUGCCCAGACAGUAAACAUGUACUACAUGUACCUCCUGCCGCUGUGAGCAUACAGUUCAAGGUCGAGACUUGUUGACUUGCAUGAUAGUCAAAUAGAGACGGCCAUGCAGAACGAGAACGUUUCACUUUUCUUUGUGCAGCCUGGCAUGUCCUUCCUUCCUUCCUUACUUACUGUAUGGAUGGAGCUGUGGGUUACCAUGGUAACUGCGGUUGCCAGUGGUAACGCACAGUACCGAUAGUGUUACUCAUUGCUUUGGGGCUGUUCAUAGCACUGGGGAGGGAUGAACACAGGUAUGCAAUCCGAUGUUUUCUAGAGAUUUUCUCUGCCGUGUCUGGCAGCUGUGCGACUUACUAAUUCUUUUAUGAAUAGAAACUGAUUGGAAAUCCUGUCAUGGUUUUCUUUUCAUGGUCUUCUCACACAGGCGACCCCCACAAGUCCCCUCACGUCCCAACCACUGGUGAAGGAACUUCAGAUGUUGAGCACUCUGUUGUGGAGUCUGCACUGCCGGGUGCACUUGACGUUAAAGUUCAGGUGUACCAUACAAUCCCUCGUGCUGUCUCCUGUGUACAUUUUGUUUUGUGGCUGGACCAAAGCUGACAGCCUGUGUGUUUUUUUGUGCUUGCCUCCUUACUGCAAAUAAAUGAAAUAAAACUGA